AGCUGGGGUCACUUCCUGCUCCGUCCCAGUCACCCUGAACUGGUCCCCGGGUCCUCAGCCUGGGAUCACCCCUGGAGAAGGACCCCAGAGUCCUCGGCCUCCAGCCCGCCCCCCGAGGCAGGGCGUUGAAGGGGUUAAGUCCCCUGGGGCUGGAUUCUGCCUUCCGGCUCUUCCCAGACCCCAGAGCCGUUCAGCUAGCGCCUGCUCCAGCGGCCUCACCUCUGCUGCCUCCGCACAGCGCUUGGCAUGUCUCCUUGCACCAGUGUCCCCAUACACACAGUGCCCGUCCCACCCAAGCCCAGGCCCCCUCGGGCUUCCAACCACUGUGGGAAGUUCCCCUCCUAGCCCUGAGCUCUGUGGCCCUAUUGCCUCAUUCUGGAAUCAGACCAGGGAGUGACCGCUGGCCGGGUUUGACCAGGAGGCUGCUCUAGCGCCUGUUUCUUUGCUGCCACCCCCUUGCAACCAGACCUUUAAAGGCACUGGACCAGAGCGGUCUUCCAGGAGCAGGGAGCAUCUCAUGCCUUCACCUUUUGAUCACUCAGCAAAAUUUAUUGAGCACCUGGCAUGUGUGAGGCUCUGUCCUCAGCACGGGAUACAGCAGCAACGAAACAACAAAUGGAGUAGAAGAAAGGGCCAGGAUGGGCCGGUGGUGGAAGGCGCUGGGUCCCUGGAACUGACAGUCCUGAGCUCUGGGAUGGAGCCCGAGACCGCCUUGUGGGGCCCAGAUCUGCAGGGUCCUGAAGAGAGCCCAAAUGCUGCUCACACAGGUGCCGAGAGUGGGAACGAAGAGGAGAGCCCUCAGCAGGAAAGUUCAGGGGAGGAGGUCAUCUUGGGAGAUCCAGCUCAGAGUCCAGAAUUCAAGGACACACCAGAGAUGCCCCUGGAGAGACCCUCCCAGGAUCCCUCCGUCUCCCAGGACGCUCCAGCCCCAGUGGGUCACCCCAGUGACUCCUUGGAACCCCCAAACCCGGAGGCAGUCCCUACCCCAUCUGACUGGACCAAGGCCUGUGCGGCCAACUGGCAGUGGGGGACCCUGACCACGUGGAACAGCCCCGCUGUGGUCCCCGCCAGCGAGCCCAGCCUGCGCGAGCUGGUGCAAGGCCGCCCUUCGGGGGCGGAGAAGCCCUACAUCUGCAACGAGUGCGGGAAGAGCUUCAGCCAGUGGUCCAAGCUGCUGCGGCACCAGCGCAUCCACACGGGCGAGCGGCCCAACACCUGCUCCGAGUGCGGCAAGAGCUUCACGCAGAGUUCGCACCUGGUGCAGCACCAGCGCACGCACACCGGCGAGAAGCCCUACAAGUGCCCCGACUGCGGCAAGUGCUUCAGCUGGAGCUCCAACCUGGUGCAGCACCAGCGCACGCACACGGGCGAGAAGCCCUACAAGUGCACCGAGUGCGAGAAGGCCUUCACCCAGAGCACCAACCUCAUCAAGCACCAGCGCUCGCACACCGGCGAGAAGCCCUACAAGUGCGGCGAGUGCCGGCGGGCCUUCUACCGCAGCUCCGACCUCAUCCAGCACCAGGCCACGCACACGGGCGAGAAGCCCUACAAGUGCCCCGAGUGCGGCAAGCGCUUCGGCCAGAACCACAACCUUCUCAAGCACCAGAAGAUCCACGCGGGCGAGAAGCCCUACCGCUGCACCGAGUGCGGCAAGAGCUUCAUCCAGAGCUCCGAGCUGACCCAGCACCAGCGCACGCACACGGGCGAGAAGCCCUACGAGUGCCUGGAGUGCGGCAAGAGCUUCGGCCACAGCUCCACCCUCAUCAAGCACCAGCGGACUCACUUGCGCGAGGACCCCUUCAAGUGCCCGGUGUGCGGCAAGACCUUCACGCUGAGCGCCACGCUGCUGCGGCACCAGCGCACGCACACGGGCGAGCGGCCCUACAAGUGCCCCGAGUGCGGCAAGAGCUUCAGCGUCAGCUCCAACCUCAUCAACCACCAGCGCAUCCACCGCGGGGAGCGGCCGUACAUCUGCGCCGACUGCGGCAAGAGCUUCAUCAUGAGCUCCACCCUCAUCCGCCACCAGCGCAUCCACACGGGCGAGAAGCCCUACAAGUGCUCGGACUGCGGCAAGAGCUUCAUCCGCAGCUCGCACCUCAUCCAGCACCGGCGCACGCACACGGGCGAGAAGCCGUACAAGUGCCCCGAGUGCGGCAAGAGCUUCAGCCAGAGCUCCAACCUCAUCACCCACGUGCGCACCCACAUGGACGAGAACCUCUUCGUGUGCUCCGACUGCGGGAAGGCCUUCCUGGAGGCCCACGAGCUGGAGCAGCAUAGGGUGAUCCAUGAACGGGGGAAGACCCCCGCCCGAAGGGCUCAGGGUGACACCCUGCUGGGGCUCGGGGACCCGGCCCUGAUGACCCCGCCCCCCGGAGCCAAACCACACAAGUGUCUGGUCUGCGGAAAGGGGUUCAACGAUGAGGGCAUCUUCAUGCAGCACCAGAGGAUCCACAUCGGAGAAAACCCUUACAAAAACGCAGAUGGCCUCAUUGCACACCCGGCCCCCAAACCACCUCAGUUCCGCUCCCCCAGGCUCCCUUUUGGAGGGAAUUCCCAUCCAGGUGCUUCAGAGGGCAAAGCUGACCCCCCAGGGCAGCCCUUAAAAAUGCCCGAUGGGCAGGAGAGCUUCAGCCAGAGGCUGGGGCUGCUCUCUUCCAAGUCCUACAUUUGUUCACACUGUGGAGAAAGCUUCCAGGAUCGCGCUGUGCUCCUCCAACAUCAGCUCACCCACGGCAGCGAGAAGCCCUUUCUCUUCCCUGACCACAGGACUGGGGAAGGGGCCGGGCCCAGUCCCUUCCUAAGUGGAAAGCCCUUUAAAUGCCCUGAAUGCAAAAAGAGCUUUGGCCUCAGCUCGGAGCUGCUGCUGCACCAGAAAGUCCAUGCAGGCGGGAAAGGCCAGAAGGGCGCGGAGCUGGGGAAGAGCUCUUCUGUCCUCCUGGAGCACCUCAGGAGCCCGCUGGGGGCCCGACCCUACAGCUGCUCAGAUUGUGGGGCCUCCUUCCCCGAUCGCGUGGCCCUCCUCCGGCAUCAGGAGACCCACACGCAAGAAAAGUCCCCCAGACCCGAGGACCCCCCUCCAGAGCCAGCCACCCAGUCCACAAGCCAGGAAGAAGAGGGAGAAGCCCCCACCUCCACAGGGAGCAGCAGCCAGGGGGAAGGGGAACCCCCCAAAACCCUGUUGGAAGAAAAGCCCUAUUUGUGCCCUGAGUGUGGCGAUGGCUUCGCAGAGGUCGCGGCCCUUCUCCUCCACAGGAGCUGCCACCCGGGGGUCUCCCUGUGAAACGGGUCUGCAGAGCAGGGGCCUCUCUCUCCUGAGAGGAACACUGGAUCACCCCAGAAAUUACGUGGGGAAAGGAGAAAAACCCUAUGAGAUUGUAGAGAAGUGGAGGAUAAAAACCCUGGGGUAAAACAUAGUGCUUUUACAUCCGUGAUGAAAAAUCCUAUAAAAUUGUUGGUGGGAACCACUUGCAAGGCAGUAGAGAAAAACUGUUGGGUUAGAAACCCUAUAAAUAUGUAGGAAAAAAAGUCCUUUAAGUCUGUAGCCGAAAAACCCUAUAAACCAUAGUGGAUAAAAGCCCUAUUAAUUGUAGGAAGAGGUCCCAAUAUGUCUCUAGACAGCCCUCUAAAACCCUCUCAGAGUCCUUGUGAAGCAGUCGAGUCAGGGAGUGCGGGGCGUACGGCGAUGGCGUUGACCUGGGAGGGGUAGCCCUCAGAAGGGGGAGCAGACCGCUCGUGAACUGGUUCCACGGUGUCCUCUCCUGCUGGAGUUGGGGGGGCAUGUCUCUCCCGGAAACCUUGGACAAUUACGCUGAGGAAAAGGCUCAGCUAGGGGGUAGGGUGGUUGCUGGUUGGACUGGAAAAGAAAACAAAGGAGAAAAAUCAGUGGCGAAGAGUCCUCAGACCCACAAACAACCCAGGAACUGGGAAGAGCAAGUCCAGCUCAUUGAGCUGGGGGUUCCGUGGGGUAUGGGGCCCAUCUUAAAUUGUGUAUGGAAUUCUGUACCAGGAAGAACCCAAACAUGGGGAAGGAAAAAAAUGACAUCCAGGCUUUUUAAAGACUGAAAUUUGAGGUGCAUAAAAGCUUCAAGUGUAAGAACACUGGGAAGCCACUACAAAAAAUUCGGGGGAAGCGUGGGGGGACUUCUGCUAGAGUGCUUUGAGGGAAGCAAACCAAGGUGAACAGACUGUUCAGAUGGGACCCAGCAAACCCUGGGGUUGCCCAGUCUUCCCUGUUUUCAGGAGCUUAAACUGCGAGUGCAAGCAGACCCGGCUCAGGCCACCAGGGUUCCCCCACUCCCCGCCCCCCCCA